CAGGUCUGAUCCCAGUGGAGAUGGAUGAUACAGGACCAGGUCUGAGCCCAGUGGAGAUGGAUGAUACAGGACCAGGUCUGAUCCCAGUGGAGAUGGAUGAUACAGGACCAGGUCUGAUCCCAGUGGAGAUGGAUGAUACAGGACCAGGUCUGAGCCCAGUGGAGAUGGAUGAUACAGGACCAGGUCUGAUCCCAGUGGAGAUGGAUGAUACAGGACCAGAUCUGAUCCCAGUAGAGAUGGAUGAUACAGGUCUGAUCCCAGUAGAGAUGGAGGAUACAGGACCAGGUCUGAUCCCAGUGGAGAUGGAGGAUACAGGACCAGGUCUGAUCCCAGUGGAGAUGGAUGAUACAGGACCAGGUCUGAUCCCAGUAGAGAUGGAUGAUACAGGUCUGAUCCCAGUAGAGAUGGAGGAUACAGGACCAGGUCUGAUCCCAGUGGAGAUGGAGGAUACAGGACCAGGUCUGAUCCCAGUGGAGAUGGAUGAUACAGGUCCAGGUCUGAUCCCAGUGGAGAUGGAUGAUACAGGACCAGGUCUGCAGGAUGCUUCUCAGGCAGUUGAAACGCCAUAAGACCUCUGCACACAAGGGAAAUGAGGAAAACGCGGAGUGGAUUUCAGUGCCCUGAGACCUCUACAGACACUUGAUGCAGCUCCUAUUCCAACAUCUCCCCUGCCUAUCAGCACGGGGCUAUUUCAUACGCUGUCUCUCUCUAAUAAAUCCCUCCUCCUGCACGACCACGAGAAGCUUGACAUCAUGUUCCUAACUGAAACCUGGCAUCAUCCUGUGGUCUACUCAGGCCUAAAUGAGCCCCGUCCGUCUACUCCAUGACUGUGCUUCUAGUUUAUCGGUCUCUGAAGCCUAACCCUUCCUUCACUCUGCGCCACCUCAACCAACAUUGUGAUUAUAAGAGAUUUCAAAAUCCACCUUAACUCUCCAUCAUGUCACUCUGCUGCUGGCCAAUUUUACAGGCCAAUAUCCAACCACCCGUUUCUCUCCAAGGUGUUGGAGAAAGGGGUUUCUGUACAGCUCCAGGACCUUCUCAAUAAGAACAACCUAUAUGAGAAGUUCCAGCCAGGUUUCCGACCGGCCCACAGCAUUGAAACGGCCCUACUCAGAGUCACCAACGACCUGGCUCUCCCUGUCUCCUGAUCCUCCUGGACUUGAGCACAGUGUUUGACGCUGUCGAGAAGCUCGUCCAUGUCUUUAUCUCCUCAAUGCUGAACUACUGCAACACCCUCUUUAUCUGGAUCCCUGGUAGGAGGCUCCUGAAG